AUGAACGGCGAGGACCCCCAAGAGCGGCCAGAGCAGAUCCGCAACAUCAUCAACGGGUUGGAGCGCUACAACCCGCAGGCCGCCGAUAUCCUCGAGGCCUACCUCACUCAGCAAUGUGAGGAGAAGUUCACGGACUGCGCGAGCAAUCGCGCGCUGCUCAAGCUAUCGCCUGCUCACAUCCCCAACAGCUACCAGCUCAACCCCGACCGCAUCAAAGAUGAGGUCAUCACAAACAUCCUGGUCAAGGCCAUGACGCAGUUCCCUUCGGCCCAGUUCGACCUGGCGCUGCAUCUCCUGCUUCCCUCGCACACCUCCGCGGGCCCGAACUCGCCCUCGUCCGACCUCGCCGAGGCGAUCAGCAAGCUGCGCGUGCUCAACGCCCAGCUGGAGGGCGCACAGUACGCCAAGUUCUGGGAGACGCUGGCCAGCGACGACAUCUACGCGGACCUGACGGCCGACAUCCGCGGUUUCGAGGAGACUAUCCGGGUGCGCAUCGCGGCGCUGGUGGGACAGGCCUUCCGUGAAAUCCAGGCGAGCGUGCUGGAGAGCUGGCUCGGCUUCCGGAGCGUCGACGAGGUCAAGAAGUUUGUCGUCGAGACGUGCGGUUGGACAGUUGACGACGCCGGCGUUGUGCACGUGCCUAAGAACCCGGACAACGAGGCCAAGAAGAUGGAGAUCCGCGAGGACGUGUCCAUCGACAUGUUCAGCAAGGUCAUCAGGCGGUCCUGGGAGGACAGCGCAUAA